AUGCCCUCAGGAACCAGCAAACCCCGCAACCUUCACGAGCUGACGGGGCUGGUGGAUGAGCUGCUUGAGUCGCUGGAAGUCGGCUCCUCGAACUCCACCAAAGAGCACCUUGUGAAGGCCCUUGAGUGCAUCGAGAACUACAAAGGCGUUGUUGGGCAGAGGCGUGUUUCUGAGCUCGCGGCGUCAGAGUUCGAGGAGGGCUUCAUCUACUACAAUGCAGCAUCCAGGAUUUUGAGCGAUCUGAUCCCAAGACUCGACGACUAUAGACAGCUCAAGCAGAAACCCAGCUUGUACCAAUUCUACGCAGAUCUGAUCAACUAUCUGGUGAGACAGCGCCCCACAUAUGAGGCCAUGAAACAGCAUAUUCGUGGAUCUUCCGACAGCCUGGUUCUGAGGCUACAGACCCUCAAGAGCGGGACGGAGAUAGCGUCCAACGGCUCGUCUAAACAGGACGUCACCCAGUUGUUCGACUCCUUCGACGCCGCCAUUUCGGUUUCGCAGCUCUCAGUGCUGCUCAAACACCACUCGGAACUCGUAUUGCUCAUAGAUCUGCGCCGCAAACGAGAAUUCGAGUUUGAGCAUAUAGAUCUCGCAGAUUACAUCAUACAGCUGGAGCCCGUGUCAAUUAGAGACAGCUACACCUGCCACGAAAUAGAAAAAUAUUCCAUGAUCACCGACACAGACGAAGAGCGCGAACUGUUUGCGCAGCGAGGCCGCUUUGAGCUGGUGGUUGUUCUGGACUACAAUUCCACCAAAGAGUCCAAAAGCCCGGAACUUGCGCGAUUGAUUUCCAUACUGACGACCAAGAAUGCUGGAGUCUUCCUCAAACGCAAUCCCGUCAUUUUGGACGGUGGCUACAAGGCGUGGUCGGAGUCCCGGUCUGCUCUGUCGUCACCAAUGCAUGGUCCCCGGCCUGUUUAUGGACGUGAUCGGUCUGAGUCUGUAAACUCCAUUUCCAGCCACGACGACCUGACAGUCAAACGAAAGACAUCUUACAACGAACGGGCGCUCAUCAAGAACGUCGGCGAGUUUCUUUCCAGCCAGUCCAGACCGCAAUCCAGCCACAGCUCUAUCGAGCUGAAAACUCCAGCAGCUGUGCCCUACCUCGAUAUGUAUACUCGCAACGGCCUCCCGUCUCCAAAACCCGAGUCUUCCAUAUCGUCGAGCUCACCGUCGCGGCCUUCUCCUGCAUUUCUGUCGCCGGUACCUCUCCCCAGCUCGCGAAGCUCGCCGCCGAAAGCGCAGCUACCAAUGCUGCCGGCGAAACCCGCAUCGUCGCCAGCGCCGGUCUCCAGAUCAAGCUCUGUGUUUCAGAGCUCUUUGAGCGUCAUGACUGGCCUGUCAAAUCUGGGAAACUCCUGCUAUAUGAACUCUGCGCUUCAGUGUCUGAUUGGUUCCAAACGACUCACAGAGUUCUUCAUUGUCGGCACAUUUAAACAACACAUCAACAUGAACUCCAGACUGGGAUCGAAGGGCAUACUAGCAAACGAGUUCUCCUCGUUGCUCACAGAGCUGUACAAAAAAAGCACCCCCAGCCGCCCGCAAUCAGUAACGCCUCGUCAGUUCCGCAAAGUGAUAGCAUCUCUCAAUAGCAUGUACAGAACCUUGGACCAGCAAGAUUGCUCGGAGUUUUUAAACUACGCUCUUGACUCGCUUCACGAGGACCUCAACGAGAACGGCAACCAUCCGAAACUGCCCGAGCUGAGCAAAGAAGAGGAGGAAAAACGCGAAAAGCUGCCAAUUAGAAUCGCCUCUACAAUCGAGUGGGAACGGUAUCUGAAGACCAACUUCAGUAUCAUUGUGGACAUUUUCCAGGGCCAGAUCAUGUCACAGCUCCGGUGUCUAAAUUGCUCAACCACUUCGACCACAUACAACGCUUUUAGCACUGUGAGUCUGCCGAUUCCCGAAAACGGCCCCAAAUCCACGCUGGGCGCAUGUUUUGACGAAUUUGUCAAACCUGAGCUGCUCGACAACGACAAUGCGUGGCUGUGUCCGCACUGCAAAACAAAACAGCGUACGCUGAAACAUCUCCAGAUCUCCAGACUGCCCCAGGUGCUGAUCAUCCACCUCAAACGCUUCAAAAUGGGCAACUAUCUGACAAAACUCAAUACUUACAUCGACUAUCCUCUGGAGCUGCAGCUAGACAAGUACUGGCCCAACGUCGAGAGCGAGCUUGAGCGCAUCGAGCUCAGCAGACUGCCGAUCAGAGGACAAGUUCCGCCUUUCAGAUACAAGCUCUACGGAGUGAUCAACCAUUUUGGAAACCUCAUCAAUGGCCACUACACUGCUUUUGUCGAGAAGGGGCCGGGCAACGGCUGGUGUCUAUUUGACGACGAAAAGGUGUACAAAAAUUGCGCGCCAAAUAAAGUCGUCAACGGAGACGCAUACAUGCUAUUCUACGAGCGUGUCUAA